AUGGCGAUGAUAAACACGGAUUACAUGGACAAAUACAUGUCCAGGUUCAAGGUCGUCUUCACCUUGGUGGUCUCUGGAAUCCAGUGCCUCACUGGCAUCACUGGGAACGGCUUCGUCGUGGUCAUCCAUGGGGCUGAAGGGGCCUGACGUGGAAGGCUCCCUGAGGACGACUGUAUUCUGCUGAUGCUGAGCUUCUCUAGACUCUUGCUGAAGAUUUGGAUGAUGCUGGAGAACACUUACAGUCUCCUGUUCCGGGCCACGUACAACCAAAACACGGUGUAUAUACCUUUCAAAGUCACUGUCGUGUUUCUGAACUACUCCAACCUCUGGCUCGCCGCCUGGCUCACCAUCUUCUACUGCCUGAAAAUUGCAAACUUGACCCACCCGUUGUCUUUCAGGGCGAAGAGGAAAGUUGAGGCGCUGAUGCCGCGGCUUCUGAGGCUGUCGCUGCUCAUGUCCUUAAGCUUCAGCUUCCCUUUCUCCAGAGAUGUCUUGAGUAUGUCUGUGAACACCUCCAUUCCCAGCCCCUCCUCUAACGACACCGAGCUGGGGUACUUUGCUGAGACCAACAGGGUCAACCAGCUUCUCCUCCGUAACCUGGGGAUCUUCAUGCCCCUCGUCAUGUUUAUCCCGGAGGCCGCCCUGCUGAUCACCUCUCUCAGGAGACACACCCUCCCCAUGGGGGCCCAUGUCACUGGCCCCAGGGACCACAUGGAGGCUCACACGGGGGCCAUCAGAGCUACCAGCUCCUUUCUCAUCCUCCACAUUUUCAAUGCGGUUGCUCUUUUCCUUUCCUUGUCCAACGUCUUCGAUGUGAUCAGUUCCUGGGGUAGUUUGUGCAAAGUCAUCAUGGCUGCCUACCCAGCUGGCCACUCCGUGCUACUGAUCUCGGACAAUCCUGGGCUGAGAAGAGCCUGGAAGCGGUUUCAGCACUGA